AUGGUGGCCGUCGCUGAUGAGCUCGAGGAUGCGCGGGACGAGCUCGAGGACCGCGAGCACGCCAUUUUGCAGGUUCGCCAGGAGAUGCAAGAUCUCGUCCGUCAGCUUUCCGAGGGCGCUGAGCCCGCGGAUGCUCAUGACGAUGAUCCCUAUCUUUUAUAA